AUGGGCGCAGAACCGUCCGGAUCGCAUCAACAGCGCAUCAUCACGUCCGAGCAAUGGGUGUUCGAUCGCGCUCCGCGCGACGAACACCCGCCCGAGGGCAAGGCGCGCCGUACGCCGCUCACAAAGGAGGAACGUGACCAUCGGCGACGGCAGCGCGAGCUGGAAAACGAGCAACUCCAGAACGAAUACAAUGCGGUGCGCCAGGAAAACGCCAAGCUUAAGAGUGUCGUCGCCCGUCUGCGGCAGGAUAUCGAUGCGUACGCGCGUCUGCUCGCACCUGAAGCAGAGCCGGGUGCAGCGUCUGGUGCUGUGCCCGGAACGGCGCCCGGGGCCCCAACCAGGGUGCCGUUGGAGGCCGAGUCCAUGGCGGAGUCAUGCGAUACGGCCAGCGCUCGCGAUUCUCCUACGCUCGAUCUUUUCCCAAGCGACACCAGCGCAGCGGGUGUCUCCAUGCGUGCAGCACAGCGCGUUGGACAGUGCACCGCGUUGCGCGCUGACGGGUUUCCCCCGCUCAAUUCGCUGCUAGUGAGCAGUUCGAAACGACGUAAACGCGACAGCCGCGAAGCCACCGAAACAUCGGACAAGACGGUCGGCGUCGCCCCCACGGCUGUGGGACCCGAAGAAAUCGCACUUAUGCGACGUCUCAAGGACGUGCUGGCCGAGAUGGAGUAG